UGGGAGGCGGUGUCGGGCGGAGGACUGCUGGUUAGUUUGCGCUGUGUUUAUUGUUAAGGUUGUGUGGAUUAGCACUGCGGAACCCUGUCCAAUUUCUAAUGAGGACCGCUAUGGGUGUAAGAUAAGUUAAACAUGCUCGGCCUUUCCCAAGUCGCCUGGAGGAGUCCCACAUGGCAAACACAAAGGAGUCUAUUGAAAGUGGUGGAAUUGGAUGAAUGAAUAGUAACACUGGAAUAACAUAACCAAAAAUUAGUCUCUCUGCCACAGCCUGAGUUCUUAAAAAUGGCAAACUCAGUGGCACUAGUGGUUCAAACUGACCUCUUGCCACCCCAGUCCCCGUUCCCAUCCCUCCUUGGUUCAGGGGAAGAGGGGGAGGACGAGAGGGAGAGAGGAGACCUGGUGGAUGAAGACAAAACAGGUGUGGAGAGUGGCGGAGAGGUGGUUCUUGACGUAGCACCCUCUUCAGCGUCAGGGGGGGCAGUGCAAACGGAGCAGGCAGAGCACCCGUUUCAGUGCUUGGACUGUGGCAAGAGUUUCCGGUGGUCAUCCAGACUCACGCAUCACCAGCGAAGUCAUAACAACGAGCGACCCUACCGCUGCAACCUCUGCCCCAAAGCCUUUAAGGGCUCCUCUGCUCUGCUCUAUCAUCAAAGAUCCCAUUCAGGUGAGAAGCCAUACAAAUGUCAGGACUGUGGAAAAGCUUUCAAACGUUCCUCUCUGUUGCAGGUCCACCAGAGUGUCCAUACUGGAGUGCGGACCUUCCUAUGCCCUUACUGUCCCCUGACCUUCAAAUGGAGCUCUCACUACCAAUAUCACCUGCGCCAGCACACAGGCGAGUGCCCCUAUCCCUGUGACUCCUGCCCCAAGGCCUUUAAAAACUCCAGCAGUCUACGUAGGCAUAAGAACGUGCACCUGGGGUUGAAGCCGUACACCUGCUCUGUUUGUAACAAGUCCUUCACUCAGUCCACAAACCUCAGGCAGCACAUGAGGAUCCACACCGGAGAGCGUCCCUACGUCUGCGGUGAGUGUGGGCGAAGCUUCACCCACUCAUCCAACCUCGCACUGCAUAAAAACUCCCAUUCAAACUCCAGUAAUGCAGCAAAGGACACAAAGCGACCAGAUGCACAAAAGGGCAAUAGUGUAGUUGAGAUAGUGGUAGGUCCAGAGGAGGUGACAUCCUCCAUGUUGACGGAUAUGGUUGGCUUUGUGAGCCAAGAAGGAGCAGAAGGAGUUGCUGUGGGGAUGGAGGAGGUGUUUUUGUCCACUGGCUCCAGCAGCCAGACCCCUGGGCUUCUGCCCCAGCUCACCCUCACCACGUCUGGGGCAGACGGCCGCUCGUCCAGGCCCAUAGGGACAGAGGUCCACCUGAGCACAGACACUGGGGCUAGUGUGCUGCUGUACAGCUGUGGCAGCUGCAGCCAGACCUUUGGCACCAGGACUGAGCUGGAGGAGCAUCAGUCCAUCCACAUGACCCCAGAGCCUGCACCCGUAGUGGAGACUGGCCCGGCGGGGAGUAUGGAGGUGGGCGAGGGGCUGAUGGGGGCCGGGCACCUGCUUGCAGACUUUGAAGAAGUGGUGGAGACAACUACAGUCUCUGAAAACGGACAAACUGCAGAAGUGCUGCUCGGGCUAACGGAGACUACAGACAGCAACAACAGUAAUGUGGGAGCCACCCAGACCCAGUUCGACCUUCUGCAGAGCCUGACAGCGGUGACUCAGAGCUCAGAGACGGUGCAGCCGGAGCCCAGAACCACAUGGGCAGGGCUGUCAUGUGGCUACUGCAAUAAGAGCUUCAAAACCAGUGGAGGCCUCAACAGACAUGUCUCCCUGAUGCACACAUUGACAUCACAGUCCCGUUGUCAGUUCAGCUGCUCAGCCUGUGACCGCUCCUUCCCCCUCCUCUCCUCCCUCCUUACCCACCAGCACUCCCACACCCCGGAGCAGAGACUUUUAGCCGAAGCAGAGGCUGAAAUCGUGUGUCCCCCUUCACUGUCCCUGUCCCUGCCCCUUCCCUCGUCUCCUGGUCAAACUGACAAACAGCAGGAGGGACAAAGGGAAAUCUGUGUUGAUAUCAUUACUGUCGGUGAAGAGCAAGAACAGCAAUCCAAGCCACUCAAGUCACUGAAGAAGGCAGGGGGCAAAAGCACAGUGGCUGGAGAGAGGCCGUACCGCUGCUCAGAGUGUGGAAAGGCCUUUAAAGGCUCCUCUGGUCUGAAGUACCACAUGAGAGAUCACACAGGAGAACGACCCUACCGCUAGUGUGGCAAGAGCUUCAAACGUUCCUCUCUGCUCUCCAUCCACCAGAGGGUACACACAGGAGUCCGGGCGUUCCAGUGUCCCCAUUGUCCUCUCACGUUCAAAUGGAGCUCACACUAUCAGUACCACCUGAGGCAGCACACAGGAGAGCGGCCCUACGUGUGUAAGGAGUGUGGAAAGUCCUUCAAAAACACCAGCUGUCUGCGCAGGCACAGUCAGAUGCACUCAGGUCUGAGGCCACAUACAUGUCCCAUCUGCUCCAAGUCAUUCUCCCAAACGUCAAAUCUCAAACAGCAUGAGCGUACCCACUCCGGAGAGCGCCCCUAUCAGUGCACGACCUGCAACAAAAGCUUCACUCACUCAUCCAACCUCCAGCUGCACCUCCGCACUCACUCCACCCAGAAGGACUUCAAAUGCCCCUACUGUUCCAAAGAGUUUGUCAUGCAAUCCUACCUGCAGCGCCACAUCCGAACCCACACCAAUACCCCCACUGCACCCAGUGGAGGAGCUAAGGACGGAGUGGCGGUGAAAGCUAACGUGGGUGGGGUUACCACAACCACAACCCUUCUUAACCCUAUCACCUUGGAAACUUCAGCAAACAAUGGGAGUUUGAUUGUGUCGCAACCAGCCUUGAAUAUUCCCCCAAAUUCGUCUCAGAACUAUUUCAUGAUUCAGACAGUCAAUGGUCUCCAGCUUAUUCCUCUUUCGACUCCAACACCUACCCCUCCUCCCCCUCCGCCCCCUCCUCCACAGAACUACCUCCUUUUGCAGUGUCCCUCUAAUAAUGGCGGUCAGUCGAACUUGAUUCUUGUCCCGACAGCGUCCGAAUCGCAAGCCCUGCCAAUGCUACAGACAAUUCAAACUCUGCAGCCUGUUGUAAACCAAAUACCGCAAUUUCAGAAUCAGUUACAACCACCGCAACAGUUCAUUCUCACAAAAAGCAAAAGCAAUGCAAAAGAAACUGUAAUGGCACCAACGCACACACUGCCACCUAAUUCAAUAUUCUCUAAACCUAUAUUGGGAAAAAGCACGAGGACUGCUAGGAAUAAACGUGGGCGUAAAAGCAAAACUGCAGAACAGAAGAGAGAACAAGCUGCGAGUUUUUCAUCCGACAAUUCUUUAAAUAAAACUGCAACUAACAUCACUACAGAGCCGUCACUGCCUUCUCCAACCUCAGUACCUAACGAAAUUCCAGCCCAAGUACCGAUAUCUGUAGAGAGCUUGAGGCUGUCCACAGAAACGAAAACAAUUUCACCGAUUUCAACACCUAUUCCAACCAAUUCAGAAAUGACAGUUCAAGAGCAGGUAUCAAGUAAAGAAUUUGUUUUAUGUUUUGACAAUGAAGGUUUAACAAAGGAUGCAAUGAACGUGGGAGGAGGCGGGGCGUCGUACAUGUUACAGUUCGAGGGGGAAGCGUCAGGCCAAUCUAUAGGUGAAGACAUUGGUAAACAAGGUAAAUCUCUUUUGUUGCAAUUCAAUACAGAUCAAGAUUUAGACGACAAGAAAGGCGAUAAAGGUAGAAUAAUGUCGCUUUUGCAAAACUGGAGUGAUGAAAAAAGCAGCGAUAAGCAAGCUGAAGGAAACGAAAGAGAAUACGUUCUGCAUUUUCACUCUGAGGACCAGAACACAACAGCAAAUGAAGCUCAGUUCCACCAAGAGCAAGCCAGUAAUAGCUUGAAACUAACUUGCACAUCAAACCAAGAUUUGGGAUCGCUAGACAGACAAGAGGUGGUGUUUGAACUGGAAGGGGAUGCAAAGAUAGGACAAGAGCAAGAAGAGGGGAUGCAGAUGAUAGCACUGAUUGAAAGAGACGCGGGAGAUAGUGAGGCUACGGGUCACACAGUUAACCAGCAUGAAAGAGCAAUGGAAGGCAUAUUUCGGCUAGAAGGAGGAGAUGAGAUUGUUAUAAUUGAGGUGAAUACAAGUGGCAUGGAAAAUAGACUAGAAUCGGUAGGAGGUGGGAAAAUCACAAACAACGAAAUCCAAUGUGAGAAUAUAAAAAUGGAUACAAAGGAACUAGAGUCUACGGUUAAUGAAGGAAAACAGAUGUUAGAAGACCCAAAAUAGACCAGUCUGACUCUGCAUGUGAACCAGGUCUGUGUUUAGCACUUUAGUCAGUGUGUGUGGCCUCCUGAAGAACAUGCAUCAUAUUAGACUGUGUGUUGAAAUGCCAUGGGCCACCAUAGAAAUGUUAUACAUUUACAUAGGCUGUACAUGGACUUUGUAAUAGGAAAAUUAAUAUAUUACUAUAAAUUAUUCUGUCAUUGGCAGGUUGUUUAUUAUUGAUUUUUGUGAAUAAGUGUACACUUUGUAUCAUGGUUAUAGGCUAUGUUAAUGUAAAAUAUUAAUACUGAUGAUUCUGAAUAAUACAGUGCUAACAAAUACA